AUGCAGCCCCUCUUGUCACUUGGCUCCUUUUUGCUGUGUACACAGACACCCUGGUCUUGGCUGGAUGUUAUAAAUGCGGUCACAUCAAUAUCACCGUACAUAUUGGAAUCACAACACAACUUGGCUGAUGACAGAGCUGGAUGGCCUGACCCCAGAGAUGGUGUUGUUGAACACUGUGUUGGUGGUUCUGCCUGGUCUAAAUACAGUGAGAGUCCUCCUCAGGAUUUUAACAAAACCAUUUUGUACUUGUUAACUAGAGGCAGCACAAACAUUGGCAGUGUGACCAUUGUCACCUCAAAUGUCAUCAAAAAUACGGCUGAUGUCCUUGUGCAUGUUGGCUACCACACACAACAGGCUUUGGAUCAUGCCAAUGUCUGUAUGCUGAAUAAAGUCCCAGGGUAUUAUAACACUCAAGGUGUUGGCAUUUAUGACUGUUGCAAACUGUCCUAG